AUGUAUAAACAUCCUCUUCCACCAUCUUCUCUCAAAGUAUACAUCCUCCACCUCGAUCAUCUGCCCUCUGAUCCGGUCACCGCCGCCAACUAUCUUUGCCUCCAACUCAGUCAACAGAGUGGGAACGGAGAACGGUCGCGGGGAGGUUCCCGCCCGACGAAACACCGCACCGUCGGUGCGGGAAUGGGUGAUGGGACGAUACCCUGCGUUCUCUCUCUUGCUAUCAAGCAGAUGAAUCUUUCGAGUUUGGCGCGACUCUCGUCUCUCUCAACUGUAUUCGCAUCAAGAACCCUCAAUCGCUCCAUUGCCUUCAAACCCAUUUCUUGUUCUUCGUCAGUUUCCGUUCCCCAUGCACCCACUUCAUUAAACCCUAACCUCCCCCUAUUUCUCCGACCACCCACCUUCACCGCAACCUUAUCCGACCUGCAAAAAUGGCAGAAUUGGGCGAAAACCCUAGCGUCAUCCAUCGGUUCAUCUUUCACAGAUUCAGAUAACGGCCCAGACUCCGAAAUUUUACACAGAGAACUCAAUUGGCUGAUCGAAGAUGCUCUACAAAACCCUAAACCAUUACUAACUCGCAACGACUCGGAACACGACAUUGUUUUGCAAUUAAGAGCUGAUUUGGGUGAUCUUUACACUUUAUGGAAGCAAAGGAUUGAAAAGAGAAGGCCGUUUCAGUAUAUUGUAGGAUGCGAGCAUUGGAGGGAUUUGGUUCUUAGUGUCGAAGAAGGUGUUCUGAUUCCAAGGCCUGAAACAGAGUUGAUGAUCGAUCUGGUGGAUGAUACGAUCAAGCAGAAUGUAGAGUUGAAGGAAGGUUUGUGGGUGGAUUUAGGGACUGGUUCUGGCGCUAUAGCUAUUGGAAUCGGGAGGAUUUUAGGGGAUUCCGGGAGAGUUAUUGCAAUCGAUUUAAGUCCUAUUGCUGUUCAAGUUGCUUCAUUCAAUGUGAACAGGUAUAAUUUACAGGAUAAAAUCUCUGUGAAACAAGGUUCAUGGUUUGAUCCAUUGAUUGAGUUUGAAGGAAGAGUUGCAGGUUUUGUGAGCAAUCCACCAUACAUACCAAGUAGACACAUCAAUGGACUCCAAGCUGAAGUUGGUAGACAUGAACCAAUACUUGCAUUAGAUGGUGGUGAAGAUGGCAUGUCUGAUCUUCUUCAUCUCUGUAAUGGCGCUGCUUUGAUGCUAAAACCUGGUGGAUUUUUUGCUUUUGAGACAAACGGUGAAGAUCAAUGCUUGUUUCUUGUAGAUCAUAUGGAAACCAUUCACCAUGACAGCUUCCACAAUUUAAAGAUCAUACCAGAUUUUGCUGGAAUCCAGCGUUUUGUAACUGGGAUUAGAAUCUAGAUCAUGAAUUAUUCAAGCUUUAGUUGUAAUCUGUUGAAAUUAUUCUUCAAAAUUCUAUGGUGUUUCUCUUCAUUUGAGGAUCUUGCAUCAUACAUUUGGGGGGAGAAAAUCCAUUUUUAUUAUGAAAAACUCGACUCAAUACAUACAAAGGGAGCUGUUUUACAA